CCCCGUGCCCCUCGGCCCCGCCCCCGCGCCCCGGAUAUGCUGGGACAGCCCACGCCACUAGAACGCUUUGCGUCCCGGCGCCCGCAGGUCCUCGCGGUCCGCACCGUUUGCGACUUGAGACAAGGUCUUGGUCUUUUGCCCAGGCUGGAGUGCAGUGGUGAGAUCAUAGCUCCCUGCAGCCUCAAGCUCCUGGGCUGAAGCGAAUCUCCUGCUUUGACCUCCCAAGUACCAGGGACUACAGGUACUUGGAAAAAUGGACAAGGCUUGUGAAAUGAAACGCACCACACUGGACAGCCCUUUGGGGAAGCUGGAGCUGUCUGGUUGUGAACAGGGUCUGCACGAAAUAAAGCUCCUGGGCAAGGGGACAUCUGCAGCUGAUGCCAUGGAGGUCCCAGCCCCUGCUGCGGUUCUCGGAGGUCCGGAGCCCCUGAUGCAGUGCGCAGCCUGGCUGAAGGCCUAUUUCCACCAGCCCGAGGCUAUCGAAGAGUUCCCCGUGCCGGCUCUUCACCAUCCCGUUUUCCAGCAAGAGUCAUUCACCAGACAGGUGUUAUGGAAGCUGCUGAAGGUUGUGAAAUUCGGAGAAGUGAUUUCUUACCAGCAAUUAGCAGCCCUGGCAGGCAACCCCAAAGCUGCGCGAGCAGUGGGAGGAGCAAUGAGAGGCAAUCCUGUCCCCAUCCUCAUCCCGUGCCACAGAGUGGUCUGCAGCAGCGGAGCCAUGGGCAACUACUCCGGAGGACUGGCUGUGAAGGAAUGGCUUCUGGCCCAUGAAGGCCACCGGGUGGGGAAGCCAGGCUUGGGAGGGAGCUCAGGUCUGGCAGGGGCCUGGCUCAAGGGAGCAGGAGCUACCUCGGGCUCCCCGCCUGCUGGCCGAAACUGAGCGUGUGCAGUAGGAUGGAUGUUUGAGUGACACACACGUGUAACACUGCAUCAGACGCGGGGCGUGGGGGCACCACUGUAUUAAAGGAAGUGUCAGUGUCCUGGGAACAA